AUGGCGCAGGCAACCAGUUAUUUGCCAGAAUUAGGUGGAGUUGGAGUGUUUGACUGUUCAGACACAGCAGCAAUCGGACCGCGUUGGAAAAGAUGGCUGCGGGCUUUCGACUUGUACGCGGGAGGGAGAGGGGUGAAGGACCCUGCCCAGAAGAAGUCUCUGUUGUUGCAUUGUUCGGGGCUUAGUGUACAGGACAUCUUCUUUACCCUAACAGAAAGUACGGAGGGGGCUGACGUGUACGAGAAAACAUUGAGUACGCUCAAUAAACAUUUUACACCUGAAGUGAACAUUCCCUAUGAGAGACAUUUGUUUAGAAGCAUGUCGCAGAAAGCUGAUGAAACUGUAGAACAAUUUAUAACACGUUUGAGACAGAAGGCGGAGACAUGUGAGUUUGGUGAUCUUAAUGCUGUGAACGAACAGAUUAGAGAUCAGGUGAUUGAAAAGUGUUCUCAACAUCACCUACGUCGCAAGUUACUGGAAAAGGGGAGAACUCUGACACUUGUACAGCUACGAGAAAUCGCUAGGGCCAUGGAGCAAUCCGAGAGACAAGCACGGAACAUAGAGGGGAUAGAGGAAGUAAACAAGGUAGCAUGGGGCGCCAAGGGGGCCAAAAGUAGAACUUUCUCUAGACCAAGGAAAGACAACCGGAAGUCUGGUAACACUAACAGUCACAGAGUAAUAGGGCCAUGUUAUAACUGUGGUAGGGAAGGACACCUAGCCAAAGAUGAUAAGUGCCCAGCUAAAGGACAAAAGUGUCGGAAAUGUCAUGGAGUUGGACAUUUUGAGGCAAGAUGUAAGUCCAAGGGUCAGAAAUCUACGGUUCGCCAAGUUUCGAGUGAGGGACCUGCAAAUUAUGCCUUUAGUGUACAUGGUACUUCAGGUCAGACUCAAAACAGUAUUGUCAUUAAUAUUGGAGGGAUCCAGAUGGAGGCUAUUAUUGACUCUGGAGCCAGCUGUAACGUUAUGAACAGGGGCACAUGGGAAACACUUAAAAGACAGUCUAUUAAGUGUACAUCAAAGAAGAGUGACAAACACAUUUUUGUGUAUGGUAGCCAGACACCGAUUCAUGCGGUUGGAUCAUUUGUAGCCCGUAUCGCAUAUAAUGAUAGAUACGAGGACGGCGUGGAGUUUCUGGUUAUAGAGGGAAGGGGCCAGACCCUUCUUGGUAAAGACACCUCAAUAAAACUAGGGGUUCUGAGGUUGGGACCACUACCGUCACCUAAUGAGAGACAUGAUAUUAACAAAGUGUCUACAACUCUGGGGAUCAAGGACGAGUUGAUUAGGAAGUAUCCCAAGGCAUUCCAGGGAUUAGGAACUUUGAGGAAUUUUGAACUUGAAAUCUCACUUGACCCCGAGGUCAAACCUAUUGCACAACCACUUAGGAGGGUGCCUUACAACCUGAGGGACAGACUUGAAAAGAAACUACUGGAACUUGAGGACUUGGACAUAAUUGAGCCAGUACAUGGACCCACAUCUUGGGUUUCUCCGAUCGUGGUGGUACCAAAAGGGGACACUGACAUUAGAUUGUGUGUAGAUAUGCGACAGGCCAACACGGCUGUCCUACGCGAACGAUUCCCCAUCCCCACUGUUGAUGAGGUACUGCAAGACAUGAACUGUAGCAAGGUUUUUAGCAAGAUAGAUAUUAAGUGGGCCUACCACCAGAUUAUGUUAGCAGAGAAGUCUAGAGACAUUACAACUUUUGUGACCCACAAGGGUUUGUAUAGGUACAAAAGGUUGAUGUUUGGGGUAAGUUGUGCGCCAGAAAUGUUUCAAAAAGUUGUACAGCAAGUGUUGCAAGGUUGUGAGGGAGUUCAAAAUAUCAUGGAUGAUGUUAUUGUACAUGGUAGUAGUCAAGAUGAGCAUGACCAGAGGCUGAGAGAAGCUGUGAGAGUCCUGAGUGAGUCGGGAAUGACAUUGAACAGUGACAAAUGUGAAUUUAAUAUGUCAAAACUUGUGUUCAUGGGUCAUGUAUUAUCUGAAAAGGGGAUCGGUCCGUCCGAGGUCAAGGUCAAGGCCGUUCUUGAUGCGCGUGAGCCGACUACUGCGAGCGAAGUACGAAGCUUCCUAGGUCUUGUGAAUUACAGUGCUCGGUUUAUUCCGGACUUAGCUACGAUAUCCGCUCCGUUACGGAAACUGACGAAAAAGGACGAAGAAUUUGUCUGGGGGGCAGAACAACAGGUCGCGUUCAAUGUUCUUAAGAAGUGCUUAGCACAGGCCGAGACGUUGGGUUACUUUGACAAGAAUGCUAAGACACAGGUCAUUACAGACGCAAGUCCAGUCGGUCUUGGGGCAGUGUUAGUGCAGGAAUCUCAAAGCGGUGAAUCUAGAGUAAUUUGUUACGCAAGUAGGAGUUUGAGUGACACAGAGAAGCGCUAUUCGCAGACUGAGAAAGAGGCGCUAGCUAUUGUUUGGGCCUGCGAGAGGUUCCACGUUUACCUUUAUGGUAUGGAAUUUGAGUUGUUAACAGAUCACAAGCCGCUAGAAUGUAUCUAUUCAACCAGGUCAAAACCCUGUGCGAGGAUCGAGAGAUGGGUCCUCCGGUUACAACCUUAUCGUUAUAGGGUGAGGUAUAUUCCAGGUUCGAGAAAUAUCGCAGAUUCGCUGUCGCGACUUCUAAAGGUGUCAAAGGUAUCGAACUCUAGUCAUGAAGUCGGUGAAGAGUACAUUAGGUUCGUUGCUAAGGAAGCGACUCCCGUUGCCAUGACUACCCGUGAGGUCGAGCGUGAGUCGGAGAAAGAUCCAGAACUUUCUGAAGUUCGGGAACAUCUGUUAAACGGUCAGUGGCACAAAACUGAGCAUACUGCUUACUUACCUGUUCGAAAUGAGCUUAGUGCUAUAGGAAUGAUAGUGCUUAGGGGAACCAGGUUAGUGGUUCCAAGGUCAUUGAGAGAACGUGUUCUAGAACUAGCUCAUGAAGGUCAUCCUGGUAUUGUCAGUAUGAAACACAGACUCCGUAGCAAAGUUUGGUGGCCGGGGAUUGACAAUGAAGUUGAGAAAUUUUGUCGGAAAUGUUAUGGUUGUCAGCUAGUUAGUCAACCGUGUAAACCGGAACCAAUGAAACGUCGUGAGUUACCGUCAUUACCAUGGCAACAUCUUGCGGCAGAUUUAUUAGGGCCGUUGCCAACCGGUGAUUUCAUCUUUGUUUUGGUGGACUAUUAUAGUAGGUGGUUUGAGGUAGAAGUAACAAAGACCACAACGUCUGAGAAAAUUACACAAAUUUUAUCCAAGUUCUUUCUCACUCAUGGAUUGUCAGAAUCCAUUCAGACAGAUAAUGGUCCUCAGUUUAUCAGCGAACAUUUCAAAGUGUUCUGCAGUAGCCAUGGGAUUGAACACCGUCGGACAACUCCAUUGUGGCCUCAGGCCAAUGGUCAAGUGGAGCGUGAAAAUCGGUCAAUUAUGAAGCGUGUCCGUAUCGCACAAGCUGAAGGUCGAUCAUGGAGAGAUGACCUCAAUUCAUACUUACUUAUGUACCGUAGUACCCCACAUAGCACAACUGGUAUCAGUCCAGCUGAACUGUUGUACGGUAGGAAGUUGCGUACAAAACUUCCAGAUCUCCAUCAUUAUAGUACUGAUGAUAUUAACACUGAGGUGAGAGAUCGAGAUACUGAGAAAAAGGAGAAAGGGAGGGCAUAUGCUGAUGCCAAACGUGGAGCACGAGAGAGCGAAGUUCAUGAGGGAGAUCUAGUUCUUAGGAAACAAGAUAGGCAUGAUAAGUUUUCUACUACAUUUCACCCAGAGCCUUGUCAGGUUUUGAAGAAAACGGGUAAUUCUGUAACACUAGAUUCUGGUCACAAACGGAAUGUUACUCAUUUGAAAAAGUUUGUAGAAAAUCCAGUACAACCACAGGAACCACAAAAGGAACCUGUUGUGGUACCGGAAAUGGAACCACCUGUAGAUACAGGCGGGGUGGUUCAAGCUGAGCUCGCUGAAGAACCAAAAGGUUCUAUUCCACAGAGUGUAAAUGAACGUCCUAGGCGUGAGCAUAAGAUGCCUACAAAGUUUGAUGAUUAUCAUGUGUACAAGUAA